AUGCAUUCUUCAAAGAUUCUAUUUUUAUAGUUAAUAAUGGUCAAUUUCAAUAUACAUUGGAAGGGCUGUCCUCAUCGAACGUUUCCACGCAUAGAUAUUGCUUCGAAUCGUUCUCAAACCAAUUUCACUCGUUGUGCCUCUCACGCCAAUAAAGGCACUUGCGAAAUACACAAUUGUCGAGCGCUAGAACAGGCUCGAAGGAAAGAAAAGACUAAGGCUCGUAGUCGAAGAUCCAGAGCCUCAAAGAGCUUUAUAGUCACUCGCUCGCAAAACCGUGCUUCGAAGCAAGCUAGACAAGAAGUUUUUGGAUGGGAAUCACCUAGUUCGGAUAUUACUAGGCAGGAUCAAGAUAGUGAUAAUUGUUUUCCAUCUGCCGAAAGUGUCGUCGAAUCGAAACUACCCCAUUCUUACGAAAUCAUUGACGAAAGUCGUAUUCACUCUGUAGACGGCGCUGGAUGUUCAAGCUUCAAUAGAGUCAAGGGUAGUGUUGCAAAAUAUAAUAUAAAGACUCAAGCGGGAAGUCGAACAAACUCUAUCAACUCGAGACAAUUGACUGGAGCAGCCGCAAAUCAAGUCCGUCGCUACCAAGCGAAUCCCGGAACGACCGCACCACAAGACAGCCGAGUGUAUUCCAGGAGCUUGUAUAGGAAGUAUCAUCCAUCCAUACUUAAUGGUUUUGUCUCUCCAGCUAGAAGCAGAGCUUUCUUGGCUGCAUCUACGCUCGCGAGUCUAUACGAAGAGAAAAAUUCCACUCGUCUCAACACCACCCAGGCAGAGAUAUCUACAUCAGGCGAUCCUUCUAAAAAGGAGAUCUCAACAGGUAGCACAUCAUUUAUUAAAGCAUCCAGACUUGCAAGUCUUGCUCAAGGAAAUUCAUUCCCUCCUUCUGUUCAUUCUAUUGUGCAAAGUAUUACUUCGAGUCCUUCUUCUCGUAGUCCUAGCCAAAGAAGAGCUUUGAAACGGUUCACUAGGGAACUUGAGUUAUAUCUUCAAACCGCGAAGCAGGCCCCAAAGCAAACGCCUAUUUCAUCUGCACCCUCAACCAGUUUCUCCACGCAAACGAUAGAGACUAUACAAGAAUUCAAACCUUACCACGCCGAGUUUCAAGCUGUUGGAUUAGCUGUAACAUCGGCAGAACAACGGAACCGAUCCGUCUUGGGCGUUCAGUCAUACGGACGUAGGAGUACCGUUCCGGAAGUCCAACCAGUGCCAUACGAACAUAGCAGCGCUGGGCUGCUAGCGAAAUCUGAAAUUGAUCGAAGAAGGUCUCUCUCUGAUAUUGAAGAACCACUACAAGCUACUCUACCCGACGACGAAAUGGGAAUAAAGGGCUCAAAUGUUCUGAUCAAGAAGUCAGUACCUGACCAUGCAAAGCCGGACAGAGAAAUCUCGACAAUGAGUUUUGCGUCAGAAGAAACUGUCAUUGAGUGGACACCAGCAUAUGAGCGAGACGAUCCAAACGAUCGUCUUGAAUCUCCACCAUGUUGCGAUCUGGCACAUCCGCGAGCAUCGUCGCCUGGAAAAGCAUAUCGCCCGGAAUCCGUUGUCCCACCUGAACGUCCGAGGUCUCCUGCCAAGAAAUCCUUACCAUGGCUUCGUAAGCCACCAACCUCAGCCGAGCCUGCCCCUGACUCUGGCGCUGCUAUAAAACACGCCAGAUUGAGCAAUUUGGCUGGAGAUGCUGCUGCAUCACCCCCGUACUCGGAAUUCACGAGUCAGCCAAAUUCACAGUCUUCUUCUAUAGUAUUGCAUCUCGAUACUCCACCGGAGCACACUCGUUCUUUCCCAGAUCAAAUCCCUCGAACUCCUACUACUACCACGUCCUCUGAUAUUCCUAUAACACCAGCUGCAACCAUUUAUCAGCAUUCAUUCGUUGGUCCUGAAGAAGGUGAUAAUAUUGGGGUGGCAGAUUUCGCUGGUCUGGAGCACCUCCCCAACCAACCGCGUGCUGUGCUUACCAUAGGGGACGUCAUAGCACAAAAAGAUACACGCCUGCUCAAAAAUCAUGCCACCCAGACAAGUGCUGCUCCAUCAUUCAUUACCCGAGCUCCACAUUUCACUACUCAAAUUCCCGUUACUGUUCAAAGUCAACAACGUCGAGGUCUUGUUCUUAAGUCUUCUUUAAUCGACGAAAGUCAAAGGCGACAACUAUCCCAAGAAGCAAAGAUUGUCAGUAUAUCUGGGCCUGCACCUCCACAUCAAAUUCCACGCGCUGCUUCUACAGUCGCGUCGUCCUGCAGCCCGCAGUCUCCACUUCGUUGUACCCAGUGUAAUGUAGAGUUAAACACGAUCAAGGACUCAAAAGUCCGUUCAAAUAUGGCAUCGGUGCCAAGUCCGUCCAUUGGAUUUGGACCAACUUCGAAGAAGAAAAAUAUGCGAAUGUGUGAGAUUCCUGAAGCAGUACAUUGUGAGGGGUGCAAUCUAUCUAUGACCGAGUUAGAUAAGUGUACAAAUACCAUAGCAAGUCAAUCUUUCAAGAGACAGGUAGAGAGAGAUGUUAGAUGGCAAGAACAUGACGAAAUGAGAAGAACGGGCAUUGGUUUAAAGGAGAAACAAAGGAAAACGAAUUCAUCAGCUGAUGAAGAAUGUUUUGCUCGUCAAUCGGAUGUUCGUAAAAGUGGAGGAAAAUCAACCUCAGAACAAAUAUUAGCACCACUUCCUGAUCCGGUCAAAAGAAGGUCAAUAUUGGACCGAGUACCUCCACCACAAUCAAAUUCUACGUCCAUACCAACACCCAUCCAAGCUACUCAGUCAAACCAAUCAACAAGUCCUGACUACGUUCAAGGCCAAGUUCUUUCUUAUGCAAAGCUGCCUGAUAUUCCUAUCCUAUUGGAUAUCAAUCCUAAACUGUCAGUCUCUGAAUCAGUAGGUGAUUUACAAAGUCAACUUAGAUCAUUGGAAAAACAGACCCGACAUGAAAGAGAUACAAAGAAGAUGUUCAGGGGAUUGAGGGUCGCUACUGCAGCAGCUUGUGAAGAUGGAGUCGAUAUAUUUAUUGAAGAAAUCACAGGAUACAAGGUCAGAAAACUACUCACGGAUCUUAGUGCAUUGGAUGGACUUGGUGUAAAUAGCUUGGCGCAUGUUGCAAGGCAGACUGCUCAGAAGAGGAGGGGAGAUAUCAGAAGGUUACAAAUGACUAAGAUAAGUACAGAGAAAGACAGGAAAGGAAAUUUUGAAAGGGGAUUUGGAUUUGGUGAUGGUGAUGGUGAUGGUGGUGAUGGAUCAUGGAGAAGUAGCUUGGAAGAAGUAGCUAAGAUACGAGAAAAGGGACGGGGAAAAUUACCAAGAAGUCAGUCUGGAGAGAGACGGAAGAAUAACAAUAGUGUGGAGAAACCAUCCAGAGAUAGAGCUUUGGGAUUGGUGGCAGGAGAUCAAGGAAUUAGGAUGAGGGAGGAGGCAGAAGCUGUUUUUGAUGAAGCUAAUGCGAGGGAAGAUUAAUGGUUUGGUUCUUUUGAUUGAGUAGACAGUAUGGGUUGAAUGGUCUACGGUAGAUGCCCUACCUAUGUAUACCUAUAGAAUACACUAUAAGACAUGACAU